GUGUCCAGAGAAGCAUUGGCUAUAAAAAGAGACCAAGUUCUAGGGGUGGAAGAUACUGAGGGAUUGGAUUAUCCUGAUGGUGGUUUCAAAGCUUACCUCGUCUUAUUUGGGUGUUUUUGCGGCCUUACUGUAUGCUUAGGCUUUAUAAACAGUAUUGGUGCUGUUUCGGGUUAUUUGUCAAUCCACCAGUUGUCAAACUUGCCAGCUUCCACUAUAUCGUGGAUUUUUUCAAUUUAUUUAUGUUUGGCAUAUGGAACAGGUAUAUUUAUUGGAUCUCUCUUCGAUAAAAAAGGUGCUUUCAAAAUUUUGGCAUGCUCUACAGCUUUGAUAUUCUUGGGGCUAAUGGCAACUGCAAAUUGUGUUGAAGUUUGGCAAUUCAUCUUAAGUUUCAUUUCCUUGGGGGUUGGUAAUGGUAUUGGUUUACCCCCUUUAGUAGCAGUAAUUAAUCAAUGGUUUUUUAAGAAAAGAGGUCAAGCAAUUGGGAUUGCAACCUGUGGAGGAUCAGCUGGGGCUAUUUUAUUUACUCUUACAUUAAGACACUUGUAUUUUGAAUUCGGUUUCGUUUGGGCCAUGAGAACAGUUGCUUUCAUGUGUCUUACUCUCAUGAGUAUUGCAACUGGUCUCGCUAAGGAAAGAAUUACUCGUGAUCCUAAAUCUAAACCAAAAAGACACCAGCAACAAAUCGAUGAUGAGAUUGCUUUUGAAAAAAGUUUUUGGAAUAGAGUUCUUCAAGCCUUAGAUCCUCAUAGAUUGAAUAAUUUAGAUCUUAAAUUUUGUUUCUUAGUAACUGGUGCAUUCAUGGGAGAGUUGAGUUUGAUUUUGACUCUUACCUAUUUCCCUUCGUAUGCCAUUGCUCGUGGAUUUAGUGAAUCCGAUUCCUAUUUACUUCUUACCGUAUGGAAUGCAACUGGUAUACUUGGAAGAUGGUUACCUGGUUAUGUUUCUGAUAAAUUGGGAAGAUUCAAUGUUAAUAUCAUUAUGAUUCUUGGUCUCAAUAUCUGCCUUUUUGUUAUUUGGCUCCCAUUUGGUGGCAAAGGCUUGAAUGUUUUAUACGCUUUUGCUGCAUUGGGUGGGUUUUAUUCUGCUAGUGUUCUUUCAAUGGUUCCAACUUGUCUAGCACAAAUAACAUUAGCCAGCGAAUUAGGUAAGAAAUAUUCAAUCGUUAAUGCCUUUAUGAGUGUUGGUAAUUUGGUAGUUAUUCCAAUAGGUGCCAGUAUUAUUAGCAAAGGUUCAAUCCAUGAUUAUAAUAUGUUUGUGGUUUUAGUGGCUUGUCUUGCUCUCGGUGCUUUCAUCUUUUGGACCUUAAGUAGAUUUAUGAUUGUGGGUACCAAAUUUAACAUAAAAGUUUGA